CGUGAGUUUUCGCGGCGCUAAGUUACGAAGUAUAUGGUGGAAUUAGAAAAGCACAAUGGAUAGUAGCGUUCCUUAAAAAAAUGUUUUCGGACGAUAUCGGCAAAUUCAAGAAAAUUCUUAAAGAGGAUGAUGAUAUCUUAAAGCCUUACGUUCCCAGCCGGAAAGUAAAAAGAGAAUUGAACAAAAUCUCUGGCAGACUCAAAGAUUGCAUGUAUGAUGACUACAGGCAAAGAAUGGACACUCCCAGGUCUAACGUACAAAUUGACACAGAGUUAGCUAUGCUAAUAGCAGCUGAGGACGACAUCAAACAGUCCAGGCGAAAUUUCAGAAGAGCAGUACGGAUGAUAGUUCCUUCUACUGGCCCCUCAAAGGAGGAAAAACAUGAAUUAAGGGAAUUGAAGAAAAACCCUAUUCGGAGAAUGUAUGAACUAGAGGAUUUUAUGCGAGACUUUGAUACAAUGCCUUUUGUUGCUACAAUGUUGGUGGAUAUAAGUUUAACGAGGAUUGAAAGCAGCAUUCAAAGGAGACAGCUUGCUCUCCAGAAUCUCCGGAGAGUGAUUUAUGAGGCGUCUGUAACAGGAUAUUAUGUGGAGGCCAAAGUGUCAAAGAAGGCUCGGUCACGGACACUGGUUAAGUCGUCCAAGCAUACCUCCAAAACUGCUGAAAGAAAGUCCAAGCAUGCAUCUGAUACUACAUUGGAAACUUCCAAGUAUACACCCGAAACUGCAGUGGAAAAGUUCAAGCAUGUGCCUGGAACUGAAAGGGAAAAGUCGAAGCAUGCAUCCGGGGUCCACAAUGAAAGUGACUCGGAUGAAGACCAUCCCUUCACCAAAGUAAUGGAGAUUUAUCAAGCUGAGAGUUUGCGACUCGAGAAGAAUCUAGAAAUGUUUAAUGUACGGCUACAAGAAUAUGUCCACUCGCAUCAAAGCAUGCGAGAGGUCAAGAAAGUCUCAGUCAGGUCGAAGAGGACACGUCGUGCUGAUGUCAAAAGGGUCAGAUUCAAUAUCAAAACAGUCAUGCCUGAAGUCAAAACAACCAAACCCAAAGUCAUAAAGGUCACACCUGAAACCAUCGAAACAGAUAAACCAAUUGAGAAAAGGGUUAAAAGGGAGAAACCAAAAGAUUUUAACCACAAAUGUAGACAGCAAGAGUUUAGUGAGGAGAGUGAUGUGACUGAUGUCUCUCACCAUGAUUCUCAGAAGGAGAGUGAUGUGACUGAUGUUUCUCACCAUGAUUCUCAGGAGGAGAGUGAGGAGAGUGAUGUGACUGAUGUUUCUCACCAUGGUUCUCAGAAGGAGAGUGAGGAGAGUGAUGUGACUGAUGUUUCUCACCAUGAUUCUCAGAAGGAGAGUAACCCUCCGCCAGACAAGGAAGAAAGGACGAGGAAGAUUAUCUCCCAUCCUCCCAGAGAGAAAACACAAACUUCUGGUGACAAUGAGCGGGCAGAUGAGAGAGUACCAAAGAAAAAGGAGGAGACAAAUGGAAGUGUGUCUAUGAAGUCUGAACUGAGUCGUGAGGGAAAAGAUAACGCAGCUAAGCAGAAACUGGUAAUGCAGCCAUGGAGUGACGAGGAAGAGGAAGAAGAAAGUGAUGAUGAUUUCCCCCAGGAGUUACCACUGCAGGCAAUGAGUCCGCAUGGAAGUGAUGUAGAGAUUACCAAGGAACCUGUGACACUUGCCACUCCUACACUCGGAAGUGACGUAGAGAUUACCAAGGAACCUGUGACACUUGCCACUCCUACACUCGGAAGUGACGUAGAAGUUACAAAGGAACCUGUGGUACUGGCCACACCUACACUCGGAAGUGACGUAGAAGUUACAAAGGAGCCUGUAAUACUGCCCCUGCCCACACUCGACCCUAUGCCUGUGUACCUUGAUAAUUUCCAAGCAAGCUGUGUUCUGACAUAUCUAUUUUCCAGCAGAGAUGACUUUGAUGAGGACUUUGAACCAGAUUAUGUGAUUCCUCCUUACGAAAGUGAGCGCACGGUGUACACUGGAAAGCAGCACAAAGUCUACAGUCGUCUGAACAAAGAAACCUUCGGACAGAAGCAGCGCUGCUAAUUUAAUAUCACAAGUUCCAGAAUCUUUCAACUGGCAAAACAACGAAAAUUUUAUCUUAUUUUAAAAAACGCUAACAUCUGAAAAAAAAUAUUGUACCUCGAACUUCAAAAUAUUAUGUUAAAAAAUCAUAUUUAAAAUUGAAGCAUAUCUAUAUCAUACACUAUUUUAAAUCGUUUUGUGUGUCUCUGCUUAACCGGGUACCUCGGAAGUUCAUUAUCAGUCAGUUAUUGGUACUUUUGCGUUGAAAGGAUUUUCUUAUAGAAGUUAUUACGUAGAAUUUUUAAAGAAAAAACUCAAUUGGUGAACAGGAUUACCAAUGUUAUUGUGUGAAUUUUAGCAUUUAAGUUUUUAUUUUGUAAGUAUCAUUUACAAAUUUACAAUUGUUAUAUGAGUUUUUAAAGUAUUAUUUAUUUGUUGAUAUAUAGAGUAGCAUUUGAUUGUGAAGAGGUAGUUCAUGGCUUGUACAAUAUAUUUACCUAUAUGAUAUACAUUCAAGUCUAUGAUUAUGUUUAAGUCUUAUUUACAAAUUUACAAUUGUUAUGAUGAAUUUUAUUAAAGCUUUUUUUAAAUCUGUUUAAUAUAGAGUAACAUUUGUUGAUAAACUGGCAGUACAUGAACAGUGCAAUUUAUUUUUACCUAUAUCAUACAUACAGGUUUAUGUACUUUUUUCUUUUCUUCUUUUGCAUCAGUGGCCCAGGGCCAUGUUUACAAAUUGAUUUCAAUACAGGGUAAUGUAUAUUUUGAUAUUGAUAAAUAUUUCAAAAUAAUGAUAAUGGUUAUAAAAGUUAAAUUUAUUAUAAUAAUCAGAAAAUGAUACCAUAUAAAUAGUGAUUAAGGUUUGUGGUCUGUUGUAAUAUCAUGUAUAAGUUCGUGUAGAAAAUGCGAGAUUGUUGGUCUAAAUUAUGUUUCAAAUUAUACUUUCGGCCAUUUAUUUAUUUUUUCAAUCUGAAUUCCAUGAUGAGAUAGAUUAGAUUGGGAGGCAGGUUAAUUUAAAGUUCAUAACUUUAAAUAUCAUACAAAUUUCAGUCUGUAGGACCUAGAAGACAGAUUCUAUGGGAAUGCAGACCGUGGGCUUUUUUAGAACCGUUCUUUAAAUUAGAUUGACCAUUUCUAAAUUGAAAGAAGGACUCUUAAGGAUAAAGAUAAUUUUAGCUAUAAAAAGGUGAGUCCGGAUAUUUGGUUUUUAAAUGUAGGUAUGAAAUUUAUUUAUUUAUUUAUUCGAUUUAUACAAUUUUGCAGAAUUCUAGCAUGAACAUUUAUCAGAUAAUCGAGGUAUCAUUUUUACAACAUGUACACGAUACAUUUAUUAUUAUGUUUUUCUGAUAAACAUCAUGUAAGAAUUUUUUAUACCAUAUUUCGCAACAAUAGAAUUGAUUGUCAGUGAAUUUAAAAAGGUUUUUAAUAAGUGU